AUGAUCCGACUAGUGUUCCCUCUUCUGCUGCUGGCCCUUCCAUGGACGGUGUUUGGUGGCCCUGACCCCCAGACCCGCAUCAUUGGCGGCUCUUCCGUGGACAUUGAAGAUGCCCCCUACCAGGCGGCCAUAAUUGUGGACAACAGUGCAGUUUGCAGUGGUGCCAUCAUCAAAUCUGACACCAUUCUCACGGCAGCUUCUUGCGUAUACGAUUACUCCAUAGACUAUAUUCAAGUGCGCGUGAGCACCACUUCGCGGGACUACGAUGGGACUGGAGUUCUGCUUGACGUCUGCGGCAAAAUCACUCAUCCGCAAUACUCUUACUGGCGCUUCGACUUCAACCUGGCUCUGCUGACGCUGUGCGACCGACUCGAGACCUCAAAAACCAUCCAACCGAUCAGUGUAACGAAUAGUGUACCCCAGGAUGAAGCCUGGCUAUCCGUUUCCGGCUGGGGAUCAACCAGUUGGUGGGGAAGCUGGUGGGACAGGUGCUUUGGCAGUCUGCCGUCCCGACUGCAGAUGGCAUGGGUUACGGUUUACAACCGGGAGCAGUGCGCCAAGGAUCGGGCUGUUUGGUUUCAUCUCUGGGACAAUGGCAUCUCAGGUUACACCAUGUGCACCAACUACGGCACCGGAGGAUGUUCCUACGACACCGGAGCGCCCCUGGUGGAUGACGGAAAGCUCGUGGGCAUUCUCUCCGAGGGCGGUUGCACCACCAAACCCGACGUCUACGCAAGUGUGAUUUGGUUUCAGAGUUGGAUAGAUGCAAAUACCUCCCCGGAUACUCCUAGUUCCAGUACUAGUACUAGUACUAGUACUAGUACUAGUACUACUGACAGCUCUACUAGUUCAAGUCCAUUUAGUUCUGGCUCUACACCUACUUCUAGUUCAAGUUCUUCACCUACUUCUAGUUCUAGUUCUUCACCUACUUCUAGUUCUGAGUCUACUAGUACCAGCACUACAAUUAGUUCUACAACUACUUCUACAACUACCAGUACAAGUGUUUCUAGUACUACACCUAGCUUAAGUACUACUAGUGCCAGUACUAUUCCUAGCUUUACCAGUACUAGCUCUACAACUAGUUCUUCAUCUACUAGUACUUCACCUAGUUCUACAACUAUUAGUACUUUACCUAGUUCUACUAGUUCAACUACUGCAGUUCCUACAACAUCUAGUGAUAAACCUAGUUCUAGUUCAACUACUGCUGGUCCUACAACUUCUAGUGAUAGUUCUAGUCCCACUGAUGCGAGUACUUAGUUUCAGUUCUGCUUUCAUCAUUUAAUUUUGGAACAAUGACAAGUUUUAGUACUUUAAGCCGUAAAUCUAGUUUAAGAACAAAAAUUCUACAUAUUGCCAAAAACUGUUUUAAAAGUUUUUUAUUUUACAUUUUUUCAACUAAUUUUAAAUUAUUUCCCAAAGCUGAAACUAGCCUUUUAUAAGUUAUUGGUAAGAUAUUAACAACCCUCAAUAAAGAAGCUGUGACACCCGCUUUUACAAGCUA